AACCCCGAGUGAGCCGGAAGUGAGAAUUUCCUGCUGCGAAAUGAAGUGACAGAGAGAUGAAUGAACCGAGACACUCCCUGAAAGUGGGUCGCUCUAGCUUCGAUGCUUCCGCCUUUCGGGAGGCUCAGGGUGGCCCCUUCCAACUGGGCGCCGGGGCGCAUGCGCAUGGGUUUAUUUGUUUGAUAGGUGGGGAAGUCGUGAAUUUGUUCGACGGAAAUGGCGGGAAAGGCGCCGCUCGGCGGGGAGCCUGGCACGACUGAGAUGGAGACGGGUGCCCGACCGAAACAGAGAGGGGGAAGAAUUGUGCCAUCCCGUUACCUGCAGUAUGAUAAAAAAGCAACUGGAAAGGGCACUUCAAACACCAAUUUGUCCCUUGCAAAAGGUCUAGGAAAUGUUGGAUCUCCAAAGAGACCAUCUGUUCAGUUUCAGAAAUACAAGACUUCAGUAGAAAUUACGCCUGGUGUAUUACAGUCAACUUUUCUGGACAGCCAUGAGAGUUCUCGACCUGAAUUGGAGGUUUCGGCUAUUAAUGAAAAAAGCCACUAUAAGACACCAGUUUCAAAGCUCAAUAUAAAAGGCUCUUCCAAAAAAAAGCAGAUCUCGAUAUCCUCUGAUUCAGAUGAUCUGAUUGGGAUGCUGGACUCUCAGAUGCUGCUGUUAACUUAUGCCUCCAUAAAGAUGGAGAAAAACCUUGCCCUUCUGGAGGGGAAAGCUGAAAGAAACUUGUUAAUGCUCUGUGAGGAAGUGGGGAAACUUCAGAGGAAUGCACAUGAAAAGAAGCAUAAGCUGCAGCAUCUGAAGAAAGAGACUGAGCUUUCUGAAGCACUAGAGAGACAGCUUGAAAUACUUGGACCUGUUUCUGAACAAUGUGCACAGUUUAGGGAGGAGUAUAAGCACUUUGCCACAGCCCUGGACACAACAAGGCAUGAACUGCCCCUGAAGGAUAUCUAUGUAGAAGAAAACAUGGGCCAGUAUCUAGCUGAUUUGCAGAAGAGCUUGGCUAUGACUCAGAACGUUUUGAAUGAAGCUCUACUACAGAACUUUGAAGAAAAUGCCAAAGCGCUAAAUGUCAUGAGGAAGCUAGAGGAAGUAUCCUUGAAGCUGGAUGCAGAGUUGCCAAGGACCUUUGCACAUGUUGUGGACUUGUCUGCUGAUGUGAGCAAAGAGGCCUCACUCCAUUAUCAGAAAGUGUGUGAAGACACCCUGGGUCUGGAAACCGUGAAGCAAUUGUACUUUAGUUAGACCAAAUCUAUAGCUCUUGGUGGGUUGUCACUGAAACAGGAGGCUGGUCCUUCUGUUCUUUCAUUUUCCUAUUGGAGAAGGACUGAAAUAGGUCACACCAGGUGGGGUAACAUUUUCUUCUCUUGUUUGUUAUGAUUGCUUGAGAGGAGAGGAUAUUUUAAAGAGAAACUUGAUUGUCUGACAUGAAAACUGGAUGUAAUUGGAAAGGUACAAGAAAAAAGAUGGCACAAGAUGUGCUUUCUUCCCCUCAUCCUUCUUGGUGCCAUUUCAGCUAAUGGAAACUAGGGUAUAUUUGCACUUUGGCAGUCUUUCACUUUUGUAUUAAAACAAUUUUCUCACUGCAAAUCUGGUUACAGUAAUCUUCAUUGGAAUAAGUUAUUUCUUGCCCUGUAGAGAUAUUUUACAAAUGUUAGCUUUUGAAGGAAUGUUUUCAGAAUAAUUUGAAAAAUGAACUUAUACCUUGCCUGUAGUGUACAAUUUGCAGCAGUCUUCAACAGGAAUAAUCAAAACAAACACAAAAGCUGAUAAUCAUGGACCAAGCAUGAGUAAUAGUACAAUUUCCAGGGGUUGUGGUGGUAUAUUUCUUGACUGCUAGUUCAUUUACUAUUGAUCGUUGUUCCUAAAAGGCAGAAGUUAUCUUCCACUUCAAUAUCUUGUCAGUUCCAAGGCUGGUAUAUGUUGUCAUUUGUUUGGUCUUCCUUAUGUUUAAUCUCAGUUGUAUUUAUUCACUGUGUUCCUUGACUUUCACUGCUAGAACUUACAGAUCGUUUGCAUUUUUACACACCAUAGUAGUGUCAUCAAAAUAGCACACAUUAUUCAUGUUUAAUUUUAAAAACAUGCUAAUCUUCUUCUAAGGCAGCUGCCCUCAAUAUGUAUUCAGUAUGUAGGCUGAAUAAAUAAGGAGAGAAUAUAUAGCCUGGCCUUGGUUUUUUAACAAUCUGAAGCCAGUCUGUUUCACUAUAUUCUGUCUGGACUGUGGCUUCUUGUCCUAUGUACAGGUUUCAUGUGCAGACAAUGAGAUGUUCUGGGAUUCUCAUUUUCCUAAGCACAUUCCACAGCUUGACAUGGUUGACACAAUCA